AUCGUCAUGAGUCAUUUGGUUUAGAAAUAUAUUUUAUUUUUAGUUUACACGGUGCAUACGCUUAACUCUUAGAAACUUUUAAGUUAUUUAUCUUCCCCUUGAAUUAAUCAUCGACAAUGCAGGAUCCCAAUGAAGACACCGAGUGGAACGAUGUUCUCCGCGCCAAGGGAAUCAUCGGACCCAAAGCCAAAGAGGCUGCGAUCACAGAGGACCAGAUCCAAGCUUUAAUGGAUGAUGCCAUCCAAAGACGAACAGAUUUGCCUCAAAACGAAGGUCAGAGGGAUAAGAAGAUUGAUGACAUGUCCCUGGAUGAACUGGACGAGCUGGAAGAUUCCGAGGACGAAGCUGUUCUGGAACAAUACCGCCAGCGGCGCAUUGCCGAAAUGCGAGCCACUGCCGAGAAAGCCAGAUUCGGAUCAGUCAGGGAGAUCUCUGGGCAGGAGUACGUCAACGAGGUGACCAAGGCCGGCGAAGGCAUCUGGGUGGUCAUACAUUUGUACGCGAACGGAGUGCCUCUUUGUGCUCUUAUCCACCACCAUAUGCAGCAGCUGGCCGUCCGGUUCCCGCAGACCAAGUUCCUGCGCUCCGUCGCCACCACAUGCAUCCCUAACUUCCCUGAAAAGAACCUGCCUACAAUCUUCAUUUACCACGAGGGCCAGAUGCGCAAGCAGUACAUCGGACCUCUGGAAUUGCGCGGUGAGAAAUUGACGCUGCAAGAGCUGGAGUUCAUGUUGGGGCAGGCUGGCGCUGUACCUACUGAGAUUACGGAAGAUCCCCGACCGCAAAUCAGGGACAAGCUGCUGGCUGAUCUUGAGGACAAGAGUGCAGACUUCUACUAAUAAAGCUUCAUCCAAAUCAAACUACUUAAUGUAUCAACAGAGCGAUGACUAAUUAGUGGACCUGCUUGAACAAUUUUAGUAUUUCUAGAUGAAUAAGGUUUCGAUGCAGAACUACAUUUGUUAAUUUUUACAUCGCUCUGUUGAUUUUUGUGUAUUUUUCCUUCAUUUCAUUGUUUAGUGGCAUUUAUCUUUUCGUUGGCGCCUCGUGUGCUAUCCUCACAUGAAUAAAAUGUUUUUAUUUUUUUACUGAAA